UUUCCCUGUUAAAAGAAGUACGCUUACACCACAUAAGUUAAACAACAAGGAAGUAGCCGACCGUCCACCAGAUUGCUGUCAAGAUGGCACCGAGUGGGCUGAAAGCGGUAGUUGGAGAAAAAAUCCUCAAUGGGGUCAUCAAAAGUGUGAAGAAGGAUGGAGAAUGGAAGGUUCUUAUUGUGGAUCACGUGAGCAUGCGAAUUCUGUCCUCAUGCUGCAAGAUGUCCGAUAUUUUGGCAGAGGGGGUUACCAUUGUGGAGGAUAUCAAUAAAAGGAGGGAACCCAUCUCUAGUUUGGAGGCCAUAUAUUUGAUUUCACCUGUUGAGAAGUCAGUCCAUGCUCUCAUUGACGACUUCAAACAUGCUGCCUUCACUUACAAAGCAGCCCACAUCUUCUUCACUGACACUUGUCCAGAUGGUCUCUUUGCAGAGAUUGGGCGAUCCAGAGUUGCCAAGGUCACUAAGACUUUGAAAGAGAUCAACGUUGCUUUCCUGCCAUAUGAGUCUCAGGUAUUCUCCCUGGAUGACCCAACCUCCUUGUACUCCUUCUACAGUUCUAAGCCAAAUGAAGGGAAAGACAAAAUGACGGAAAAUCUGGCAGAGCAGAUCGCGACCCUGUGUGACACACUUAAGGAGUUCCCUGCAGUCCGUUACCGCAAGGGACCAGAAGAGAAUGCCAGACUGGCUGAGGAGGUCUACCAGCGCCUUACUGCUCACAAAGCUGACAACCCAAGCAUGGGAGAGGGCCCAGAUAAGGAUCGAUCCCAGCUACUGAUUGUUGAUCGUGGGUAUGAUCCCAUCUCGCCUAUUCUUCAUGAGUUGACUCUGCAGGCUAUGGCCUACGACUUGCUAGAUAUCCAACAGGAUAUCUAUAGUUAUCAGACAACUGGAAUUGGGAACGCAAAGGAGAGAGAAGUGUUAUUGGACGAAGAUGAUGAGCUCUGGGUUCAGCUCAGACAUAUGCACAUUGCAGAUGUCACUAAGAAAGUGACAGAGCUUCUUCGCUCCUUCUGUGAGAGUAAGCGAAUGUGCACCGACAACGCCAACAUAAAAGAUCUCUCACAGAUGUUAAAGAAGAUGCCACAGUAUCAGAAGGAGCUAAGCAUGUACUCUACUCACUUGCACCUAGCUGAAGCUUGUAUGAAGAAAUUCAAGGCCUCUCUUGAUAAGCUUUGUGAAGUGGAACAGGACCUUGCAAUGGGAGAAAAUGCAGAAGGGGAACCUCUGAGGGAUGCCAUGAAGAGCAUUGUCCCGGUGCUCCUCAACAAUGAAAUUGGGGCCUAUGACAAAAUCCGCAUCAUACUGCUGUACAUAUUUCACAAGAAAAAAGGCAUUGGGGAGGAGAACCUUGCCAAGCUCAUCCAGCAUGCAAAUAUACAGGCUGACAGCAACAUCAUCACCAACCUGCAGAACUUGGGCUGUAACAUUAUAGCUGGGGGCCGCAAUGCUGGGAAAACGCUGCCAGAGCGGAAGGCACGCACAGAGAGCACGUAUCAGCUCUCUAGAUGGACACCCAUCAUCAAAGAUGUCAUGGAGAAUGCCAUAGAGGACAAACUGGAUAGAAAGCAGUGGCCAUUCAUCUCAGAUCCUGCUCCUAUCAAAACAAACCAGACUGCAGUCAGUGCACGUUUUGGACACUGGCACAAAAAUAAAAGUCCAACAGAAUAUCGCACUGGCCCUCGCCUUAUCAUAUUUGUGAUUGGUGGGGUGUCACACUCUGAAAUGCGCUCUGCCUAUGAAGUCACUCGAGCCACUGAUGGGAAAUGGGAGGUGCUGAUUGGGUCAUCUCAUAUCCUGACUCCAACCAGCUUCCUCAAUGACCUGAAGAGUCUGGACCAAGUUCCUAACCCUGAUUCUUAGACAAUUUGAGUCUGAACAGAGAAGAUUACACUGGAUUAAGGGGUUAGUCUUUCAUUUGAGAUGAUUGGUUGCUAACGUCUGAAGUGAAAUAUAAAGAUACAAUGUAGAUGUAGCCAUGGAAGGAAACAUUUGUGACUCUUUUAUUGUAAACUUCUCUUUUUAUGGUUUGUUGCAAAUUAGGUUCUAUAUACUGCUGUGAUUUAACUUGUAUUAAAAUAUUUAAUUAGACAUUAUUCAUAUUUUGAUUAUUUUGCUAUUUUCAUUCAAAUUCUUGUUUUUGUUACUAAAAUAUAUAUUUGAUUUACAUAAUUGUGUUGUCUAAAAAACGUUGUAAUUCCCACAAAACUGGUUCAAAAAUACUAUUCAAGCAUAAUAUAGAUGUAUUUAAAUCAGUAGAAGUAUGUAUAGUGUAUUCAUUGACAUCGUGUAUGGGAUAUCUUUUUCUUUUUUUUUCUCCAGGUACCUUUUUUUUUCUUUUUUCUGGGAAAAGUAAUCUCAGACAACAUGUCUCAACUGCUGUCUUAUGAAAUCUUGCACAUUUAACUUAAAAUGUAAUAUAUUGUUGGUAGCAAGUGUAGUGGGUGUUUGUUUCUUUUUUGUUUAAAAAUGACUAAUAAAAGGAACAUAAUAUUCACUUUUAA